AUGCGCGCGCGCGCGACCUUCGAUCGCGUCGUCGCGACGCGCGCGCGAUGCGAUGUGCGCGGACGCGUCCGUGGGGCCGUCGCGCGCGCGCGAGCGACGCGUGGGGGCGAAGAUGUGCGACGACACGUUCCGUGGACGGGCGGGCUGGAAAUCAUCUUCAGCGCCGACGAACGCGACGUCCUCGCGGGUGCGUCCCGUGGCGCGCCGUUAGACGCGCUCUCGGCGCCGUGGCGGUUGAUGUUACUGAGCGACGGGAGCGUGACGCGACAUCUGAGCGUGUUGGGUCGGAGCGCGCGCACGGAGGUGGAGGUCGUCGAAAGCGGCGCGCGAAGGAGCGAUGACGACGAUGACGACGUGCCGGAAGACGUGAAGCGGCUGGGGGCUGGGAUUUUACGUAGAGAAGUAUUUUUACGCGCGAGAGGGACGACGGGUGCGGGUGAGGCGCCGGCGGUGUACGCGGCGUCGUGGUGGAACGAGGAGGCGUUUCGGAAGUUCAUGCCGGACGAGGGGGCGUCGAUGUGGGCGAAUCUUCGAAACGCCAACGUGGAGUUGCACAGGGAGAUCAGGGAGGUGUAUUUGGGGAAGAACGAGAGGUUGGAGGAGGCGUUCGGCGAGCGCGGGCCGUUUUGGGCGAGGCAUUACAUCUUUUGGCACGACGGCGCUCCGAUCACGGUGGUGUACGAGGUGUUCAAUCCCGCGUUAUCCGCGGUGUUGGGGCGACCGUGA